AUGGCUUCACGUAUCAAUAGACCAAAGACUCGGCGUGGUAAGCGACAUUUAGAAGAACGAGCGCCGAAGGUGAUUGAAAAUGAUAAAACAGCUUUGAUAAUCAAGGGUGGGAAAACGAGCGAACUAGUUUCAAAUGUAUUAGCUGAUAUUUAUGCGCUCAAAAAGCCAUUUGCUCAGCAGCUAAAAAGGCGGAAUCCAUUUCAUUUGUUUGAAGAUGAAGUACCACUGGAGCAAUUUUCAACAAAAUACGACGCAUCCUUAUUCGUUUUUGGGUCAAAUUCAAAGAAGCAUCCUGACUGUUUGAUUUUUGGAAGACUAUAUGACUUUCACAUACUGGAUAUGGUGGAGCUACGGAUAGAAAAUUACGUCUCCUCCAAAGAGUUUUCGGCACCUAGAGUAGUUUUGGGGGCAAAGCCUUGUAUAGUUUUGCAAGGUACAGCUUUUGAAAGCGAUACUACGAUGAAAAGAUUAGGCAACUUAAUGGUGGACUGGUUCAGAGGUCCGGUUGUGGAAAACAUCGCUUUGCAAGGCCUUGAACUUGUCGUAUCGUUAACAAGUGUAGGAGAUCAUCUACUUUUCAGAGUUUACCGGACUUGUCUGAAAAGAUCAGCUAGUACUUUUCCACGAGUGGAACUUUUAGAGAUUGGACCAAGGAUUGAUUUCACCCUCCAGCGGACAAAACUUGCUAGUGAUUCACUUUUUAAACUAGCUCUGAAGCAACCCAAAGAAAUUAAGGCUAAGAAGGCUAAAAACACUUCAAUGGACAUCUUUGGAACUAAGCUUGGUCGGAUACACGUUGGCAGGCAGGAUUUGAACUCUUUACAAACAAGGAAAAUGAAAGCUUUAAAGAAAAGUCCUAACAAGAGUGCAAGUCAACCUGAAGACCGAUAG